GAUCAUAUCAGGAGGUCCCAGUUUCCAUACACAGCACUCUCCUUGCCUGCUCAUCUUACCCAACUGAUAUUGGAUAUACCACCAGGAACAUGGAGGUGCGAUUCCUCUGGUUUCUACUUUUUGUCGAAUCCAUGGCACAAGAAGAUAUGGAGGGAAAGGUCUUCAUCUUUCCCAGACAGUCUACUUCAGAUUAUGUGGUGUUGAAUCCACGGUUGACUGAGCCUUUAGACAAACUCACCACCUGCUUGAGGAGCUACACAGAUCUACGCAAAAACCAUGCUCUUAUUAGCGUGGACUUCCCAGGGUCACAGGACCGCCACAUGUUUGACAUCUUCCAGGGCCCAAUGGAUUAUACCAAACCCACGCCAUUUCAUCUUUUCUAUAUCUACAUAAACAAUUCUUUGGCAUCCAGUAUGGAACAGACAGACAUCCUGCAGUGGAAGCACAGCUGUGUGACCUGGGACUCUAACACUGGGGUUCUACAGCUUUGGGUUAAUGGGAAAGUCUACCCUCGAAGAGUACUGCAGAAAGGCUUUUCUAUUGAUCUACAGGAUGGCAUUUCCCUGGGUCAGAUGCAGAGAAAUUAUGGGACUGGGUGGGAUCCCGAGAUUUCUUUUCAAGGGGAAAUAAGUGAUGUCCAUAUGUGGAAUGAGGUUUUGCCUCCUGAGACCAUAUGGCAGGUUCUGCUAAAUAAUAGGUAUAUCAGUGGGAAUGUCAUUAGCUGGAGGUCUCUGAACUACACUAUUAAUGGGGAUGUGACUGUCCAACCCAAACUCCAGUGUAAAUAUUACAGUGCUCAGUCUUACAGUUAUUGCUAAAAGAAAUUAACAAAGUAAACCAUGUGAGCUAAAUAAGUGGAUAUUUUGUUAUUAUUGUGUAACGUACAUGUAGGGACCCAUAGGGUUAAUGUGCCCCUAUGGCUUUAAACCCUACCUUACUUAUCUCCUUCUUACUGGGCAAGGAUUAAUGUAACUAGUUGGUAGUAAACGUAUACUGUAUACCGCAUUAUUGGCCCAAGGCCACACCCUACCACACUUUAAUAUAAUGUUAGGAAAGGGGUGGUUCUGCCUUCUUGGCCUGCAGCAUCUGAUCUAAGUGGAUGUCUCCAGGAAGCCUGGGAUCCACUCUGAUCCAGAAGGUUAGGCCCUAAGGGUACAAGUACACUUAGAAAAGUUGGGGAGCUGGGAAUAGCAAGUGCAGAAUAUCUCCUUAGCACGUUUAUUAAUGUGAGACAGUCAGACUUGUUUAGUAACAGCAGUUCUGGCUCCAACUAGGAGGUUAGAGGAUUAGUCUACUUUACGGGCUCUGCAGCCUUAUUGUAGGGACCACGGUUAAGACACAGGUAUCAGGCUAGUGCUUAUCCCUGAACCACCGUCAGCUGUUUGGGAUCCGGUCCAAUAAGGGGACAUCCUAAGGACAAAAGACUAUUUCCCAAUACUCUUCACAGUGGUGCAGAACUGUUCCAUAUCUAUUGUACCAUCUACUGAGUCUGCCUUGCUUUAACACCUCAUGUGCUGUGAGUAUAAUUGCUGAACCCUGCAACAUUAUCCUGUAUCUUCACCAAUAAAUCAGUUAUUUAGUUGUUUUGCAA